GUCGCCAAUAGUUUAGUAAAAGUAAGAUGUCUGCGCCCAUGUAAAAUGAAUUCUUUUUUCUUAAUUUACAUCGUAUUUACGUGUACUGUUUUAACCAGUGGAAUAGAUGAUGCCCAUCUUGCAUCUAAAGCGAAAGCCGACCAGAUAGAACGGGCAAGAUGUGGUUACAAUUUAAUGAAGCUUUGGACAGCUGAAGUUGCCCAUUCACCAUUUGCAGCAGCUCCACUGAUCGCUGAUGUAGAUGGUGACGGUAGGUUGGAUAUUAUAGCAGCACCACUCAGUGAGUCACAGACUGUUGUAGAGGCGGAAACAGGCAAGACUCUCACUGACUCCAGAUGGCCAACUCAGAAACUUGAUACAUCUAUUCUUGCGUCGCCACUCCAGUUUGAUAUAGAUGGGGAUGGUAUGUUAGAUGUCCUUUUUGUAACAUUUGCUGCAGAUAUUCUCUUCUAUACUCCAAAUGGUACAGCAAUAAAGGACAAGGGCAUGGAGAUUGCUCCAGCAUAUGUUAAGCAGGACUGGUACAGUAAAGUUGUAGCAGUGUCAGGUGAUGAUAUAAAGGCAUAUGUGAAGGAAGCCAGUGAUAACAUUAAACAGGACAAGAGUUACCUCCCUGUAGAUGCACAUGUCAUGGCAACCCCAGUGAUUGCUGAUAUUAACAAUGACAACAAGCUAGAAGAACUCGUCAUUCCAGUUUCCUAUUAUUUUGAUGAGGAAGAUUACAGACUUGCUGAAAAUUUUGAUCAUAUAAACAAUAUCAAUGAGACAGACCUGGGAAAGUAUGUUGUCUCUGGUAUCACCAUAAUUGAUCUUAGAGAGAUGAAAGUUCUCUAUACAAUCUUCCUUGAUCUUACAACAAAAACAUCGGGGUUCCCAGCAUAUGUCCUGUUUACGCCUACUGUGAUUGACAUGGAUAGAAAUGGAGGCCAUCUUGAGAUAGUGAUUGGCACCUCGGCGGGAAAUGUACACGUGAUUGAGGUAGAAGGAGAGAUAAAAGACAGAAAAGGUUUCCCAUACAGCAUGGGUAUUGUUCAUGGACAGGUUUGUUAUAUUAAAUAUGCCAUAGAGAUUUAUGUAUUGGACAUAAAUUGA